CGCAUGUGUGGAAGUUGACCUUUUUGUUAUUAAAACGCAAAUGAACUUUGCUCCCAGUUUGUUGUUUUCAAAACAAGAUGUGUACAACAGAACUUUAAUCGAUGUUGUGUUGGGCUUCUUGUAAGUUAACCUAGUGUAACUGUAAGAUCAAGAUCAUGUAGGACAAUUCACUUGAAUGAUUCACAGCCAGUAGGUGUCUGUGCGUGUUUACAGAUUACAGUGUAAUUUGCAUUUUAUUGUAUUGUUCUUGUAUUGAGAAAAGAGAUGCAGGUACCCGGUAGUCCUUUUCAAAACUCUGGCUUCAGCUUGACAAAUCCUAUGCACAAUCACUCAAGUAGCUCUACUGCCUUGCAUGGAGCAAUCCGAAAUGGAAACACAAAUCAUUUGAAACGAAGAUGUCUCGACCCAAUGGAAGGAAGUGAGAGUAAACGUCGAAGUCCACAAAAGAAUACAAUGAGUAGAGGUAAACAAUUUUUGUUUAUCAAGGGAGGAGUAGAGGUAUUCCACUCAGAGAACUUCCUUCCAAAGGGUGAGACAUUAUUCCUACCCCUACAGGAAGAUGUUAUGAUCAAUUUGAUGAACAUUGAACAGAUCAGCAUUAGUAAUGGGGUUUUUUUCAUAGCCAAUGCUAGCGGAACAUACCAGAGUACUCAACAAGGUGAUGCAAUACAUCUGUGGCGCUAUGAUGCAGAACUACGCCAGCUUUUCAUCUCGCGAUCAAUCCUGUUCUUAGAACCAUCACUUUUUGGGGAGGUUAAGCAAACACUAGAAUCUUUGUUAUGAACGUGGGACAGAUAAUAUUAAGUUACGGUACAAAUAACUCUAAAGUCAUAAAGUAAAGACUUUCUUUAUACCUUGUUCAGCAAACUUUAUUUUUGAAUGAUUCUGAGUGGAGGACUGGAAAAAAAUAUGAAUAAUGUUUUCAUUUGUCCGGAAAAUUAUUUUGUCCAUCAAACGCAUCAACAGUAGGUGGAGGAGAACAUAAAACUAAAACUUUAUUGAUAAAGAAACUAAUGUACCAGGAAGUGAUAGAGAACGCAUUUUCGUCCCUCAAUUUAAGUCCUAUCGCACAGUCAUAGAGAAUGAGUGUUCUUUUACCAAAUUGAUAGAUGCUUUAUAUUUAUAUAUUUUAGAAAGAAAAAUAGAUUUCUUGUUAUUGGAGAUCUAAAGGCAGCUACAAGGAACCAUAAAUUUAAGUAAUUCUUACAUUCUUGCAGCCGAUGGUGUGCUAACAGGCCAAAAAUAUAAUUUUAAUUCUAUCAAAAUCAUAAUUAUUGACAGGCAGUGGGCUUGCGAAACAAUACAAGGUAUAAACAAAAUCUUUCCGAAAGGGCUGACUAUAAACUGUAUACAUAAUUUGGUAGCAAUUGCAUCUUGGUUUAUAGCAAGUUUUUAAUCAGUGACAAAUUUCAGUAAGUAAUUUACUGCACAGUACUAUUUUAUUGUGAAAAAAUAUGUCUUCUGAAGAAGACAGUGUCUUCUGUAAAUUUUAUUGGCCUAUAUUAUGGAUAGAUUGUUUACCAUUAUGUUGUAGUAUAAGCCUAAUGCAUUCAGAUGAGAUAUAUCAAAAUUGUGUCUGUUAAGAUGACAUUUACCAUUUAAGAAAUACUGUAUAAAGUUGGUGUACAUAUUGUAUCAUUUACAUCUAGGAGAACAUGCUCACUGUUGCAAUCUACUGAGUAGAUUACAAGUCAUCUACUAUGUAAAUACAGUUAAGCUUGCCUAAGUCAAAUAAUUUCUAAGUCAAACUUAUUUUACAUGUCAAAUUGUUGUGUUUUCCAUUAAUUAACAAUCUGUAAGUCAAAUUUUAUCGAAGUCGAACAAUUUUCCAGUGGCCUUUUGGAUUGGGCAAAUUCAACUGUACCUGUUUUUUUAUUUUACAAGUAUUUUUAACAAUCGGACCGCCAGGGGUUUGAAAAAGUAUUAUCAGCCACCGCCAGAAUUUUUAGCAAAUUUUUACAGUUUUCCGAGCUCGUUCAGAGUGUGGAUUUGAUCAGAAUGUGAUUUAAUGAAUACUACAAGAACUACAAACAUUUUAGCUUUACAAUGGUACCAAACACUUUAUUCUAAUUACAAUUUGUGACUCGUAACAGUAAAAUGAAAAUGAUUCACUUUUGGAGAUUUACACAGUUUCGCUCAACGAAGCUGAUAAUCGCAAUUUCGUGAAAGUAAAUCAAUACCACUUUACCCUAAUGUAAAAAAACAAAUAGUGAAAUACUUACGGUAUAUAGUGUUCAAAUUGUUAGUACAUGUCGGUAAUUACCCCAUCUAUCGGAUUCCGUAAAAAAACCUGAAACACAGAGAUCUCUGUGUUUGGCGGUCAAGCGUUGCGUUACCAAACACUGAGGUCUCCGUAUUUGUCGGGCAGAGUGUUAAAGAAGUGAUUUUUACAUUUCAUGCAGAGCAUUUUUUUUCUUUAUUAACGGAUCUUGAGUUUGUGCUAUCAAAGUGACUUUUGUAUCGCUUGUUUAUUGCUGUAGAAAAUAAAAAGGAAAUAGCAACUACCACCACUGUAA